AUGGAUCCAUCGUCAUCCUCGUCUACCGAGGGGACUGCUGCUGAGUUGGCCCCAAAGAAGCCUUUCCUCCGUCGCAUCUUCCCCUUCCUCCUGGUCGUCAAUUUCGCCGUCGGAGGUUUGUCAUUCCGAUUGUAUAUUCCGCCAUCUUCGUUCUUCUUUUUCCUUCUUUCGCAUAUUUGAAUUUUCCAGCGUUUUUGUCUUGUAAGUAUUGCAUCUCCUACUGCAGAAUCCAACCUAUUGUCCUCUUGCUCGCUGGCCCAUUAUGCUACAUUUUAGUUCUUCGGAAUGAAGAGUCCUUAGCCUACUUAACCACCUCUACAUCCUGUUCGCAAUGUGUGUGUCAAUCAAUGCAUGAAGCAUCUAAUAACCUGGAAACAAAGCACUGUGGGUUUUAAAUCUCCAUUCUAUAUGUUCUGUUGAAAAAUGUCUUUUUACUUUGACCCUUUCACGAUAGGAUUGAGGGAAAUCUUCUCAUUAUUUUAGAGAAACUUUGCUUCAGAAAGGUGUUUGAUCGGUUGCCACUGCAGCUUUCCUUUUUAUAUGUUUAUGACCCAUUGCUGUAACAGCAGGGACAAGUAUACCUUAAUUCCUAACUCAAGUAGUAUGAACAUGAUAUGCGAUUCUGCAUCUAUGCAUCCUGACCUCUGACUUGAAGAUACCUAGCCACCGCCAUUUGCAUAUCCACAGUCGUCAAAGGUUUGAUGGAAGCCAUUGCAUGAGACGAAGGAGUAUACCUCUUGGUAUUAACUACUGCAGCAUUUUUAGGUCUUAGUUGACAGAAGAAGUUGGUUUCACUUCGGAUUCAUAUUUGGUGCUGAUGUCUACUGUCUGAGGAUCACAAGAAGGUCAUCAGACUAUCAUAUGCCUUAGAAUAUUUUUUUGCAUCGAAAUUCAGAUGAAAAAACGGAGACCCUUUGGUUGUAUCUCAUGAAUUUUUAUAUGACGAAGUACAGGCGCUGGAAUAGAGAAAUGAGAAAUGAGAGAACUUCGUGCAAGAAAUAAUUGUGAUCUGGCUUGAUGAAUCUUUGGCGAAAUGAACCCUCUCACCCACUGAAAGCACCAGACCCCACAAGAGGUACAAGUUCUUGCGUAGAAUGAAAGAUUCUUGGGUUAUUUGCCAGAAGAAUGACUUCCUUGCUAUUGAACCGAAAAAUAAACCCUCAUACAGACCAUUGCUUGAAACCUUUCCACGGUCACAGUUUGAUAGGGUUUUGCAUUCACGUAAAUGCUCCAUCCCAGUGGAUUACAUUUGUGGUGUGGGAGAUCACUUUUGGUAGAGCUCAGCUCAGGGCAGGCCAGAUCUAUGUGGUUCAUGAUUCGUUGAUCAAUAUGGAAUUCUCGGUCUAAAUCUUUUUGCUUUGUGGAAGAACUCGUGGAGCAUUUCAUGGGAGAGGAGUAACUGAAGAUCUUCAGGAGAGUUUCAGGGAUUUGCUAGAUAUUUGCAGGGAUAUUAAGUCAGUGGUUGACUGGUCUAAAGGAGCAGACAUUGGAAAAAUAAUACUAUGCUCUGCAGCAGAUCGAAGCAAGGAUGAAUCUUAUGUUUUAGUUGUGUUUCCCUUUUUUCUAAUCCAGUAUCUUGCCUGAAGAUCUACUUUGAUGGGAAGAUAAUCUCCCUCUUUCUGCUACGUCACUCCAGAAAGGUUGUAGGAUUCUUUCCAAUACAGGAUUGAGUUCACUACUCUCUCCACAACUGUUAGGGAUAAUUUCAACGAGGAAUCAAAGAUAAACUCUUUUUUCCUUUUUUUUUCCUUUUUGUCUUUACCUUCUUUUUUUUUUCAUUUUUUUCUGGUGGAGCAGGCAAAAGCUUUGUUAAGGUUAUGAAUGAUCCAUGUAACAAAGGCUUGGCAAGAUGCAUAUGCAUUUUGGGAUUGAAGGAAACUAACUGGAUCAAUCUGUUCAAUCCAAAAUAAUUAGUCAGUUGAAAAGUCCCAUGUGAUAGCCUUGUUUUAGUAGCAGGGAAAGUAAGCUGUGAUUGUCUUCUUCUUUUCCAUAUCACCUCUGAUUGUACAGUCUAUCUUGUCAUUGCUGAGAGCUCCUCAGUGGAGCUAUAUCAGGAAAUUCUUCCUCCCUUCUAUCUUGAGGAAGAUGUACAGACUGGAUUCCCUCUCGUCCUUCGUGAUAUCUGAUAUCUGCAGUCUACAGGCCAUUGUAGCGGAGUACCAUGUGUCCAGUAUGUAUAAAUUAUACAUUCAGGCCUAUGUCUGCAUUCUGUGUAGUCAAAGGAUCAUUUAGAGGCGUUGAUCUUUAAUCACUGUUGAGUUGGAUACCUCUUGUUGUUAUCUAAAUAUCUGCAGUGCUGCAGCAUAUGUGCUAUUGAGGACCACAGAGAAGAAAUCAGCUGAAAAGGAGGAAGAGGAUCCUGUCAAAAAGGGUGUUUCCUCGAAUCAAGCCGAGACCUCAAAACCCGAAGCUCCCCAACAGCUGCCCCUCCCACGCCCAGAAGCACCCAAAGUGGCUCUUCCACCCGUCCCAGAAAGUCGACAACGUGAACUCUUCAAAUGGAUACUAGAGGAGAAGAGGAAGGUCAAGCCUGGAAGUCCCGCUGAGAAGAAAAAGCUCAAUGAAGAGAAGGCCCUUCUUAAGAAAUAUAUCCGGGCAGAAUCAAUUCCAAACCUUUGA